UUUUUGAGAUUCAUGCAGAUCGUAUGCAGGAAGUUGGAUUCGGUGAUUGGAAUUGAAGGAGAGCAGAUAUUACGGUUUUUUUGAGGUGGGUCUGCCUGAGACUUAGGGUUGGGGAGGACCAUCGGAGGUAAUGUUUUACAGAGUGUUUUAGAGGAGGAGAAGCAUUUUGAGGGUCAGGAAGAUGGCUAUCGUCAGAGCUGGUCGGCAUCUGCUGGCUCGAGCGACAGGAAAGCAGGCGAAUGCAAGCGGGCGUCCAGUGCGGAUGAUUCGACCCGUGCGCUUGAAGCGGGAGGAGCCGCCGUUGCCAGUUCAAGCGCCCUUUACACAAGAGAUUUUUGACACGCCAAAUAUCAAAAUGGCUGUGGGCAUGGUGUUGGCAGUGGUGCUUGCGAAGCUUACCAUGAUGUACGACGAGUCGUUGGAGCCGGAGCGAAUUGAGAGGCAAGCUAGAGAAUUCGCCGAGGUGCAGGCCAAUUUGAAGCCGUUAAGUAGAGAUGAAUGGGAGGAGAUCCAGGAGCUUCGGCCGCGGACGCCGUUUGAGUCCAAAAUUGGUCGAUCUCAUUCUCGCAUUCGAACAGGAGAAGUGUUAAGCCUUGAGGACAUUAAGGACUGGGCCUUCGAUGUUCUGAUGGAGGCUAUGAUGCGAAAGGAGGAAACGGUGCAACGAUCUUUAGAACAAUAAUCUUGAAACCUAAAGACAAACACCUGUUAGAGUUGACACACAGCGGCCAGCAUUCAGCAAUGUUGGAGGCUUUCAACCACUCGUGUAUGGAUGCUCAUUACCUGCAUUGCUGGCAUUGCUUGCGGGUUUCUGCAGUCUGCUACGUUUCGGCCUGGAGCAGCAAGUGGGAUGAUUUUCGGCGAUGCAUGGAAGCCUGUAUUCUCACUGGCGAGUAGUUAGGUUCAUGCUAAGUGAUAAGUAAUGUGCAGUCUAGAUGAAGCUGCAUAGAGCUUUCAAUGGCGGGUCUCUGACGGCGGCAUUUCUGGUCUAACGUCAGUCUGGUAAUCUCGCCUUUAAGCCAAUAUUUAAAAGUUUCUCUGUUUCCCUCUCAAAUGCGUACUCAAAUCUUACCCUGAGGAUGGUAUCCAAGGAGGUAUUCAGAUUGAA